AUGGUAUAUCGGCGGCCCGACAGAGUGAAGUUGGUUGCGGGAUGGCUGCAUCAUCAAUCUCAGACUAAUGUUCGACGCUCAAAUUGUAAUUUAGACAUAAUGCUGAAGCUAAGGGAUAAAGAGGUGGACGUUGAGGAGUUUGGUCUGGAGUAUAUCAAACAUGCUGCACUUGUUAAGCACCCAUAUAGAAGAAACAAGUUGCAGUACAAACGUGUGGUGGCUUACAAUGAGCUCGCGCAACGCUUUAGCGUCAGCGCGUGGCAGGCGCGCUCCCUCGAGCAGCUGUUCAGAAGCUACGUCUGCGACAAGAUGGAGCGGUUGGUCCGUGACGGGCUGCGCUACGUGGACGAGCUGCCGCAGGAGCUGAGCUGGCUGGCGCUUGUCGAGGAGAACUUCCAACUUUUGCCGAAGCUUCUGCAGGACUGCGGUGACGUGGAGCGCGAGCCCCACGAGCUGGUCUUGUCUGCGCUGUGCACGCAGGUGCUGCUACGCGGCUCGCUGUCGGACAGCGCCAUGUUCGACACCGUGCGGCGCACGUGGCGCUUAGCCGUCACCAACUAUGAUCUGGAGGCGGCCUGGGAGAGGGGGCAGCGCUUGGCGCUGGAGAGCUUGGAGCGGUGCUCGCGCGCGGGGGACGCGCCGGCCGAGGCGCUGCCCGCGUGGCUCGCGCGCGUCGCCGACGUCGUGCUGCUCUACACCGACCUCGACACGCACCGUCUCCUCGCCGACGAGAGCGAGCAGCUGUACGAGGAGGCGGAGGCGCUGUCGGUGCUGUGGCAGCUCGUGCAGCGCCACCGCGUGGAGGAGCGCGCGCCGCGUCGCUCGGGCGUGCGCGCGCAGCGCUGGUCGCGCGCGCUGCGCGAGUACUGCGCCGCCGGCCGCUGCGCCUCGCUCGUCGUGCUGCAGCGGCGCUGGCACGAGCUCAAGCUGCGCACGCGCUACAAGCUCGUCAACUACUGGCGCACCACCAGCGAGUGCCACGCCGCGUCCAAGACCAGCACCCCGGCCUGCUCCGACCCCCCCAGGGAGAUAAAUAUAGCCAUACUUAAGAGGUACCCGCAUAUCGUGACGUCGCCGCUGCCGAGCUGGCGGCAGCUCGUCGACAUGGGUCUCAUCAUCACCAGGCCGGUGGAUGACGACAUCAAGAAUUUAGAAAGAGACGGCGACAAGUCAAUGAUAACGCGCAAGAGAACUGCGGAACAAGGCUCUUACUGCCGCCUCCGUAACGAGAGGAGCCCUCCCAGGACCAAAUUAAUGAAACCGGAGCCGGACGAGGAGCCUCGCAUAAGGGACACGUACUCGAGCAACGUGCCCUGCGCCAUCAAACCGGAGCUUAACGGCACACAAGCAGCGGACUUCAACUCCAUUCUUAAAAAUAUUAAAACCGAAGUAGACGACUUAACGGAAAACCAUCCGUAUCAAGUAGCGCUGGUCGAGCACAACGACCUACCGACAAACGGAACAGACUUCGACGCUCGUAAAAUUGAGAUAGAUAUAUGUGUAAAGGAAGAGCCGAUAGAGAGGGUGUCGAAGUGCCCGAUAGUGUUCAGCGACGAAGACCAGGACAACGACGGCCUCGACGCAGAGAGUAGCGACGAUGACGUGGACACUUUCGAUAACAAACUCCUGUUGGACCCGUACGUGGAACUGACCCGCAUCGAUGUCGCGUCACUAUUAAAUCACGAGAGCGAGUCGGAAGAGCACGGCUACGUGGAGGUGGACCCGAUGGUGAAGGUGGAACUGGAAGAGCCGGAGUACGCGGGGGAGGCCAAGAUAAAGCUCGAAAUGAACGACGACACAGAAGCGGCCGCACGCUCGACUGAUGAAGACGCGCGCGCGUGCUACGUGGCGGCGCGCGGCCCGCGGCGCAGCGGCCGGCGCAGCAAGGCGCAGCGCUCGCUCGCCCUCCCGCACCAGCUGCCGCACCAGCUGCCGCACAACAACAAGCUCUACAUCCUGCAGCGCGUCGAGCCCGCCGCGCUCGAGAUAAAUGAUCUCAUCGCCCCGGCCGUUACCAAAGCGAGCGUACCGGCAGACGGAGCACCAAAAGAACCUGAGACGCUCACCUUGCGGCAAUUGAACCUGUUGCUCAACGAACUAACAGACGUGGCGAUGGUGAACCACCUGCUUAGGCGCUCGCAGCGGACCUGCUGCGCGGCGCGUAAACAUAGCGACAUCAGUGCGGCGCGCCAGCGGAUGGGCCUGCCGCCGCUCCCCAGGCACACGCACGCGGACGGCGCGGCGUGCACGUGCUGCUGCGCCGAGAGCACGCGCCUCCACCGCCCCGCGCUCGACGCCGAGCUGCAGGCGCUCUCGCGCGACUUCGCCGCCAUGACUGCGCCGCCUCAGUUGGCGCACCGGCACUGA